AAGCGGGGGCUCUCAUAAAGGGAAGGAGGGGGCAUUCUCGCAAAGGAACUGGAGAUUUGCUUUAGUUCCGCCCUUGUUUCAGGUUUCCAGCACAAUCAUAAUCUUCAUCAACAGGAACAUUCUCUCAAAUACUUUCGACGCUUUUCGAUACUCUUUCUGUUCAGCUCUCGGCCACUGUGAGCUGUUGUUGUGCGCCUGCCACAUUCGUUGUGGCAGCAGGGUUUAAAGAAGAAGUAGGGGGUCCGAGGUGGCGGUUAUGACCGUCGAAAUUUGGUUUUCGGGAUUUGGGGAUUUUGAGCUGUAGUCACGAUGAGGUCGAGGUGAUAAGUAAGUUGGUGGAGGCGUUAGAACAGGGGAUCAUGGUGCUGUGAGGAGAGCGUUGCUUUGUGGAUUGGGUGCUGUUGUAUUUCAGAGAUUUGACAGCAGGGGUGUGGAGCUCAUGUAGGUUGCGAUAUGGUUUUCGCAAGAAGUAGCUCGGUUGACACUGUAAUUCUGGGCUUAUGAGCUAUAGUUGAUGUUGCCUUUUGCAGAUGUAGUUUGAAACCCGAUUGUUUGAUACUUGAGGUCGGAGAUAGGUGUCAGGUGAAGCUUUUGCUGGUUUUGGUACUGAAUCCUUUUAUAUUACAAUGGAAGUUAAACGCUUUUUGUGAGGCUUCCUGUUGUUUGAGUAUUUGUGCAAAAAUGUACUAGUUAGGAAGCGGACGAGGAUGAUAGAGAAGCAGACCGGCCACAGAGAGGCGCAAGAAUGUCGAUUACCUCUCUUCUCCGGGUGGGUUCGGUGAACAUCGGUGAAGACGGGCGACAUAUCUGCAAGAUUGGAUAUGUUAGUUAUGAUCAUCUGCGGGCGGCCCUUCGUCGGGAUGUCGUGAAUUUUCCUCUGGCCGAAUUCAUGAUUUCCUCGUGGCGCUGCGUUCCCUCUGCGAACUUGCUGCGCCUCGCGGGUUCAAGGCUCGACUCUUUUCAGAAUUGGAGUACCAAAAGAAGGGUCUCAAAUGGUGUCGUGAGCACGAGAUAUGGCGGGCGAAUAGGAUGCUGCACAGAAACAUCCAAUGUAGGUCCUGCCACAGGUGCGAACAAGGUGAAAGAAGAAGUUAGUGUAGAAGUCAAGGAAGGGAGAGAAGAAGAAUGGGUUGUUCGCGUUUCCGAAUUGGACAAAUUUUGGCAGGACAAUCAGGAUGGAGGUGUUCGUAAGGGUCAUGAUAAUGGAGCGCCGCCAUCACAGACACCUAAGGGUUUGACCUCAGCGGUUUUUUCGUCUGUUGAGGGGCAAAUCGAGCAGGGCAGGCCAGGAGAACUGCGACAAACUUCAGAAGAUGGCCGUCCUAUUUCUGAAGAGAACAAUCGUAAUGAUUACAAUCUACAAUCAAGUGUUGAACCGGUCUUCCUGGAAGUUAUACCUGAAGACCUCGUGACAAUUCACCCUGACCCUUCGCAGACUGUGGGACUUUUUGAUGGUCAGCAGCCACUUCGUGUUGUCGAACAAGCACAGAGUGAAGCAUACGUUGAGCCAGUCAAAGAGUGGGAUUGGUGGCCAACUGGGCUUCGAGAGAACCAGAUAAGAAGCAAACCGGAUGUGCAGGGAAAAUAUGGUCGAGAAAUGGCAGCUGCUAUUCAAGCCGUCCAGCUUGCCUGCAUGCUGAGCCAGCGUGUUCAGGAGCGUCUACUUCGGAACGAGGAGAAGGCAAGGUCUAAGAAGGACAAGUCUGUAGUUACUGUGGCAGAUUGGGGAGUGCAAGCUGUUGUGAGCUGGGUUCUCUCACAAUCUUUUCAAGGGGAAGAGUUAUCGAUGGUAGCUGAAGAAGAUACGAAAGGCCUAAGGGGUCAAAGUGGCGUAGACAUGUCACAGAGGGUCGUCAAUGCUGUAAAUGAAUGCUUACGUGAGGCCUCCGCGGUGGGCAUAGCGCCUCCAAAGCAACCACUUCGCUCUUACGAAGUCCUCAAGUUCAUAAACAAAGGAACCGCCCCUGGUGGUCCUACAGGGCGUCACUGGGUGCUUGAUCCUGUAGAUGGUACUUUGGGAUUUGUUCGUGGAGACCAAUAUGCAGUUGCCCUGGCUCUUGUAGACGAUGGCCAAGUUGUGCUUGGGGUUUUAGGAUGUCCAAAUUUUCCAAUGAGGCCAGCUUGGUUGGGAUAUCAUCACAAAUACUACCGAAUGGCAAUGAAGAUUGCACCCCCAGACCCUAGCCAUUGGCACCGGGGGUGUGUCAUGACAGCCCAAAAAGGAGAAGGUCGAGCAUGGGUGCAGCCCAUGAUUUUUAAUGGAGAAUCAUUCAAUGAGUUUCAUGCUCCUCGUGAGGUCUGCGUGUCAUCGGUGGUUGAUCCGGUAGACGCAACUUUUUGUGAGCCAGUUGAGAGAGCCAACUCAAGUCAUUCUUUUACAUCUGGUCUGGCGGACACUUUGGGUUUGAGGAAUCAACCACUGCGAGUCUACAGCAUGGCCAAAUACGCAGCCGUUGCUCGAGGGGAUGCAGAAAUCUUCAUGAAGUUUGCAAAAGCUGGGUACAAAGAGAAAAUUUGGGAUCAUGCAGCGGGUGUGCUCAUAGUCCAAGAAGCGGGCGGUGUGGUAACUGACGCAGGUGGCCGACCUCUUGACUUCUCCAAGGGUCGGUUUCUGGAAGGACUGGAUCGUGGCAUUGUAGCUUGCUGUGGAAAGUCCUUGCACAACAAAAUCAUUGCAGCUGUGGAUGCUAGUUACAAUUCGUCUACUCUUUGAAAUGUGCAAUGGAAGGCUUUCACCAUCAUUGCUCUUGGCAAUGUUGGUUAUUGACUACACAUAAGUAGGUAUUGUUCUAAUUACGGGGUCAUUGUUCUAUUCGAGUAGUACCUGCAUAGGGAAGUGGCCAGCUUGUAAUACGUUGGCUUCGGAAGGAGGGAAUAACUCAGGUAGUGGAUUAACUUCACAGACUUCCUGAAAUUUUUCAUUCCUGAGUAAUAUGUAGGAUUCUUAUGAUCGGGACACAAUCGUGUCCCGAUUCAGGCAGUGUAUAUAGCAAUUCUUGAAGUGGGGGUUUUUGACCAAGAUCUUUAGGCCGUGAAGUACUAGCUUACUCAAUUCCAAGAGUACAUUAAUUUUAAAGUCCAUUUUGGCUCGAUCCCA